GGGAAUUUCCAGAUUGUGUUAGAAUUAUGGGGUGUAAAAGUUCAGGGUGUCGAAUCUCAAAGCUGCUGGGUGUACAAAAUAUCCGAAAUAAACAGAUCCGUUUCCGACUUUUGCCGGUCGAUUACUCAUGUGCUGCUUUAUUUUAGUUUAUGUUACUGGAGCUGGGAGCUGCAUUGUUGCCUUACUUAUUACCGGUGUUGGCAAACUGAUGAUUCUUGGUUAAGACAGAAAUGUUUAUCAAAGCGAAAUCAUUUCAAGAUGGUAUUAUUAAUUUAAUACAACAAGGGCUCCUCAGAUAGAAGAAAUAUGUAAUCCAUUCACGUCUUAUUAUUCUGUGAUAGUAGGUGUUUAAAUUCUAAUAAUAUUUUUGCAGCCAUUUGUAAACAACUAAAUACAUACCGUUUAUAAUGCUUCUCAGCUUCUAGCCGGGAUCGGGACUUAACCCAAAAGCAACACGAACACAGUAUAUGGCAGAGGUGUGAAACAAUAAUUCUGACUCCUGACUUAACCACAGCACCAUGGGGAACCUGGAGAGCCAGAGGUGGGACCGCCUAUUUUACAGAGAUGGUCCUGGAUAUUUGUGCCACUCGUCCCGGAAGGAAAUGUCCCAGUCCCUCCGUGUCACUGGCAAGCAGACAAGGUGCUCGCAGUACAUGUCCUCAGGGAAGGUGGAGCACCGAAGCUCAGAAACCAGCACGCGAUCCAGUAGCACGCCCAGUAUCCCCCAGUCUCUGACUGACAACGGGCUGAAGGCCUUCAAUGAGGCCGGCGCCCUGCCUGAUUUUGGCAGCCCCAUUUGGGUAGAUCGUGUGGCCAUGAGCCUGAGGCCCAGGUCGUUCCAUAACGACCUAUCUUUGAGCCUCAUGGACCCACAUAAGAGUCAGGUGGUACCCCCAGGGAAACGUCGCAGCAAGGCAUAUGCGGGGGGCUCUAUCCUCCUUCAGAAGGUUAGGGUUGGGCCAUGGAAACGAGCCAGACACAGGAAGAAGCGGUCCAAGUCUGCAGAAAUGCAUCGGGAUGACAGCUUGGAUAUCUCCAUCUCUGACCUCAGCAGUACGGAGGAGAUUGCGGAGGGUGACUGUCACGGGAACUGUGGCAAGCUGGACCUGCUGGAUAUCAAUAACAGGUCCAACUCCAUGGAAGAGUUCUAUGCCCAGGGCAGCCGGUCCCACACACUCCUUCGGUACUUCGUCAAGCACUGGCCAAGGUCUGAAAAAACCACGCUAGAGGGUGGAAGCAGUGAGGCCUCUUCACCGUUUGAGGAAGACAGGAGUGCUUUUGGCGCCUAUACCUUGCCUUGCCGCCAUUCCCACUGCCUGUCAGAGGGACUACCAAGCCACCAGGGGGCACUAUGUGAGAGGUUGCAGGCCCGGAGGGUGCUGACCACUCAGGAUGUAACGGCGGGGGACAGUAGUGAGUACGGCGACAGCGGCAUCGACGGGGUCCUGGCCGACACGGAGAGGCGGUCACGCCGCUACAAAACCACGUCGGCUUCUUUCUCCUUGUGCUCAGCUGCGGCACGCAGCCUGUUCACCGGGGGAGACAAGGCCGCCACUCAGGGAGUGUAUGAGAAUUUCCAGCUGGAGCUGGAGAGGAGCACCUUCCACGCAGUGGAGUGCCCAGUGGAGGUGGGAUCGAGUCCCAGCGACGAGAGGAGCGAUGGCAUCAGGGGUUGCUGUGCCUACCCGUCAGACCCGACGCUCGGCUCCGCCCACAGCAUGGUGCGCAAGGCCGGAGCCCUCUCAGUUAAGAACUUCUUGGUGAACAAAAAGAACAAGAAAGUGGAACCAGCCGGACGACGCAGAUGGAGGCGCUAUUGGGUGUCCCUGAAAGAAGAUGUAGUCCUGUUGCUGUCAUCGGGUUGUGACCUGCAGCAUGUACUAGGGUGGUUUGUAGCUGUGUGUGAGGCAGCCAGGACGAGGAUCAGCAUCUCCAAGUCUGAGGCCAUGGUUCUCGACCGGAAAAGGCUGGAUUGCCAUCUCCUGGUGGUUGGGUGCACCCUGUUCUUCUAUGAAACGGAUGGGCGCUCAGGGAUCGACCACAACAGCAUCCCGAAGCACGCAGCGUUUGUGGAAAACAGCAUCGUUCAGGCCGUCCCGGAGCAUCCCAAAAAGGACUUUGUGUUUUGCCUGAGCAACUCCCAGGGGGAUGCUUUCCUUUUCCAGACGUCGAGCCAGACAGAGCUGGAGAACUGGAUGACGGCCAUCCACUCUUCCUGUGCGGCGGCGCUGGCCCGGCAGCAGCGUUGGGACGACACCGUGCGCCUGCUGCGCUUCGAGAUCCGCAAGCUGGAGCAGAAGAUCGACAUGGACGAGAAGAUGAAGAAGAUGGCUGACAUGCAGCUCUCCACCGUCCCUGACAGCAAGAAGAGGAAGACCAUCCUGGAGCAGAUAUUUCUGUGGGAGCAGAAUCUGGAGAAGUUUCACAUGGACCUAUUCAGGUUCCGUUGUUACCUGGCCAGCCUGCAGGGCGGCGAGCCGCCCAAUCCGAAGCGGCUGCUGGCGGUGGCCUCCCGCUCCACUAAAAUAGCCAUGGGACGCCUGGGGAUCUUUUCAGUCUCCUCCUUCCAUGCGCUGGUGGCAGCACGCACAGAGACUGGGGUGCGCCAACAGACAAAGGUCAUGUCCCGGACAUCAAGCAAGCACAAGAGCAGGUUCUCCUCGCUCUGGGGGCUGGACACCAUGUCAAAAAAGAAGACAAAGGACCGGCCGAGUAUCAGCCAGGUGUUUGCUGAUGGCAGGGAGCUGGCAAAGGAGCUCCCGGAUGGCACGCUGGUACUCGGCGCCAAGGAACGCGCGAAGAUGGAGAUCGAAGGACCACCGAAGGACAUUCCCAAGCACCUCACAGAUGGAGAUGUUUGGGACUCCAGCAGCCUCAUACCUUCGUGGGUGAGUCUGCCCAGUGAUCGGCCAGUGCUCGCCGUCAUCCGGCCAGGGGAGUCCACGCUCCACGUCCUAGAGAUCAUCUGCAAGGCUCACCAUCUGGACCCUAGCAAGCACUACCUGAGACUGAAGUUUUUAAUUAAUGAGCAAGUGCAAUUCUACGUCCCCGAACCAGAAGAGGAACUGAAAGACCUACAAUACAAGGAGGUUCAGAUCUGCUUGAGGAUCACAAAAGUGAUAUCAUUUUCUCGCCGCAACUCAUACAUGAUUGGUUACGGAUUCUCCGUCUCCAUGGUAGACGAGAACAACAUGCAGAAGCUCUACGUCACCAGUGUAAAGGCAGGAAACUCAGCCUUUGCCAAAGGACUGAGGGUUGGUGAUGAGGUGCUGCAGAUUAACGGCAGGGACCCAAGCUGUAUGACCUUCUCAGAGAUGAAGACGGUAUUCUCCCAGGCCUCCCUGACUCUGACCGUCAGCACGCUGCCCACGGUGCAUCGAAACCAGCUCUGCUACCUUCCGCCUCGGCAUUCCGAUGGAGUGAAAGACCUCCACACAGACAUCUUCUCCCAGAAUCAAGAGGACAUCCUGGACAACGGGGUAUAUUUGGAUUUGGGGAGCCCUUGUGAUUGUAUCCAUGGCGAUACUGAGAGCUUCAGUGAUCUGAUGGAAGGUCUGAAGAGCACAGAGCAGGUCGCGGCGUUCUGCCGCAGCCUCCAUGACAUGAAUCCCUCGGAGGGCUCGUCCUCCCCCAGCCCGGAUUCCCCCCUCCCGCCGACGGCCACCCAGCGCCAGCUGUCCGACGCCGACAAACUUCGCAAGGUCGUUUCCGAGCUGGUGGAGACGGAGCGCACCUACGUCAAAGACCUCAACUGCCUUAUUGAGAAGUAUCUGACACCAUUGCAGCAAGAGAAGUUCCUGACACAAGACGAGCUGGACGUGCUGUUCGGUAACUUGGUGGAGAUGGUGGAAUUUCAAGUAGAAUUUCUCAAGACCCUGGAAGAUGGGACACGACUGGUCCCAGAUCUGGAGAAGCUUGAGAGGGUAGACCAGUUUAAGAAAGUCCUUUUCUCGCUUGGCGGCUCGUUCCUGUACUACGCGGACCGCUUCAAGAUCUACAGCGCCUUCUGCGCCAGCCACACGAAGGUCCCCAAGGUCCUGGUCAAAGCAAAGACAGACCCCGAUUUCAAGGCCUUUCUGGACGCUCGGAACCCCAGGCAGCAGCACUCAUCCACCCUGGAAUCGUAUCUCAUCAAGCCCAUCCAGCGAGUACUGAAGUACCCACUUCUCCUGAAGGAGCUCUACUCCCUGACAGACCCAGACAGCGAGGAGCACUACCACCUGGACGUGGCCAUGAAAGCCAUGAACAAGGUGGCCAGCCACAUAAAUGAGAUGCAGAAGAUCCAUGAGGAGUACGGGGCCGUGUUCGACCAGCUCAUCACUGACCAGGCUGCUGAUAAGAAGGAGGUGGCUGACCUGUCCAUGGGUGACUUGCUGCUCCACAGCACCGUGGCCUGGAUUAACCCUCCAGCUUCCCUGGGAAAGUGGAAGAAAGACCCAGAAUUGGCCACGUUUGUCUUCAGAACCGCCGUUGUGUUUGUGCACAAGGACUGCUCUAAGCCGAAGAAAAAAAUCGGUGGGGCGCACCGCGGCUCCACCCCCGACGAGAAGGACCACUUCCGUUAUCGUCACAUGAUCCCCACAGAUGCCCUUCAGAUCCGGUCCCUAGCAAACAGCGAGGGCACGGCAGUGUGUGAGAUCGUCCACGUGAAGUCCGAAUCCGAAGGGAGGCCUGAGAGAACCUUCCAGCUCAGCUGCAGGUCCCCGGAGAGCAAGAAGGAUCUGCUGAAGAUGGUGCACUCGGUGCUGCGGGACAAACAGCGCAGGCAGCUGCUAAAGACAGAGAGUCUCCCCCUCAGCCAGCAAUACGUGCCCUUCGGGGGGAAGCGUCUGUGUGCCCUGAAGGGGGCGCGACCCGCCAUGAACCGGGCAGUUUCUGCUCCCACUCGAACCCUUGGCCGGCGAAAGCUGGUUCGUAACCGCUUUACCAUUGACACGGACAUGGUGUAUGAUGGGGGCCCUGACAGCGAUCUAUCCACGGAGCCGGCCACUCCAGGCACGCCGGGGACACCCGAGACCCCCGAUGGACCUGGUGAGCUGGUGCACGGGGACACAGACCGCUGGGUGGAGGAGCAGUUCGACCUGGACCGCUACGAGCAGGAACAGGAGGAGGUCAAGGAGACGGACAUCCUGAGCGAUGAGGACGAGUACUACACUUUGGCGCGGGGGGCCUCCUCCGAGACAGACCUGGAGGUCCCUCUGAGGGCCUUCUCCCUGGGGGACGCUGCCUGGCACGAGGGAGAGGACGAGGGUGAGGCUGGGGAUCCGGGCCUACUCAAAGACCCCGCGACAGACCAGCCAGAAAAGACCCCCGAGUGCACGCAAGACCCUGGAGCGCAGAAUAGAAGAACCAGUGAGGAAGUCAUAUGGCUGCGGCGAGAUGACUCAGAGGGACGAGUGGAUACCUGAAAACAUGCAAGACAGACCUGGAUCCCGAUGCGUCACUCAAAUAUCUAAACUGGUGGGAAAACAACAUCGUUGGCAUGCCGUUUCAGAGACCUGUACCGCAAAACACUAUUCACAGCUAAUGUUGCUUCCCAAAAGUAUUUAUUCUAUAAUUAAACACCCAUAAAAGACCUUUGCACAAUUUAAACACCCACCAAAUCCUGUUUCAAUAACAGCAACAUAAAUCACAUAAUUUAACUUUGUUCGCAUGCCUCCAUGUUGAUGAGAGACGCUGAUGGCAGUAAUAACUAAAGGAUUUGAAUGUGAUAAGUAUUAACCACUGGCGUGGUUUGCACAUGAGCCUGAGGCAGCUUACUUACUUUCCAAUCAUUUCCAGUUUUAUAUUUUAAGCCUGGGAAACUGGAGUGCAUUUCCCUUAAGAUCUCGUGGCUCAGACGGUUCACGUCAUACUUAAGGGCUGAAGGAAUUGGGCCACUGCAGCGGGGGGGCAGGAAGCGGUCAAAGAGGCGACCUUUGAGAAGCCUGAAUAAAAAGCGGGAUAAACUGAAGUGUUGUGUCAUAUUGUUUUAUUAUUAUUAUUAUUAUUAUUAUAUUAAUUCAAUCAAAAUGCACCAAUUUAUAUAUGUCUUGCUUACUGGAAAAGGUGUUGAACAUUUCCAUUUAUGUUCUGUUGUAGUGCACAAACAUCAUGGUAUUUGUAUCUACUCAGAAGGUAAGGGUUUUAUUUUUUUAUUAUUCAUUUUACUCGUCCUGUUUUACUUGAAUUUUUUGGCAGUUUAAGAAGCAGGUUUUAUUUGUUUUUGCCAUUUGGUUGUCAUGCUGCCUUUCAUUUGACUUCAUUUACUUUUAAAAGUUUUUAUUUAAUGCCGGGUAUUGUUUGCAGUGCUCUUCAGUUCAUCAGGCAACGUGCACGCUUUGUGUAAAGGUUAAUCUGAAAUAUAGAUGCUAGCCUUUAAAAGCUCUUCGAUUAAAAAUAAAUGCACUUAAUAUCACAGUCAAAUGAAGUCAUCUAGCAUCCUUGUAGUUGAUAUCAUACAUGUAUGUAUCUGGUGCCUAUAUUAACAGGCAAAGCAAUGUUGUUUUUUAAUUAUUAUUUUAUGAAUUAAACAGUAGUAUUGCUUCAGAAAAAUGCACAGUAUAUUUUGGUAAAUUCUUCAGAUUGUGAAGUACAAUCAAGAUAUGAAAAUUGUCUAAAUCAGUGGAGCUGAAGGUUAGUUUGUUUAUAAAAUAAACCUCAUGUUACCAAGACUUUUUAAAACCCCGUUAUGUACAUAGGACUGUGUCUUGAUAUUAUAUCCAAUAAACUGGUUUCCUACUG